AUGCCGGUCACCUCAAAGACCACGCUCAAGCGUAUCAACAAGGAAAUCGCCGACUUGCAGAAAGAAGACGUCGGCGAUAUUCUGCUUUACCCGCAAGAAGACAAUAUCCAUCGAUGGACAGGCUGGAUUCCCGGACCUGACGAUGGUCCAUACCAAGGUGGACAAUUUGAAUUGAAGAUCGACCUUCCUACCGACUAUCCCUUCUCUCCGCCUCGCGUAUCCUUUGAGACCCCUAUUUAUCACUGCAAUGUCAACGCUGGCGGGUCCAUCUGUCUCGAUAUUCUCAAGAACAACUGGUCCCCCGCUCUCUCGCUUUACAAAGUCAUGCUCUCCAUCUCGGCGCUCCUUUGCGAACCCAACCCGAACGACCCGCUCGUGGGAAACAUUGCAGCACAACUAAGGAAGAACAAGGCUCAACAUGAUCAGAUUGCCAAAGACCACACGAACCAUCACGCUGCCAGCGCUGCCAACCUGCAGAAACGCGAGAACUACAAACAGUCUCUCCUGUCGAGCGGAAAGCUAAAAGACGGCGCCUCCAAACCCUCGACCCCUGGACCAUCCUCUUCGACCCCCCGAACUCGAUCUCCCGCCGGCCUGCGACCUACCACUGCUUCCGGACGACCUGUAGCCGGGACGGCGAGAGCAAUUUCUUCUACUUCUGUGAAUGCGGAUGCUGUGACCGCGUCGUCUGCUGCGAGAUCCACGAAUGGAGAUUCACCUGUGGAUUUGGAUGCGGAGAUCAAGAAUUCGAUUACGCAACCGGCCGUUCGAGCGGGAACGAGGAGGACCGCGACCGAUGUGGUGGAUAUCACCGAAGAAGGAGAUGACGAUGGGGCCGACACAAGCUCGAGAAGGGUCAGGCCGAGGCGCGACGACGGACGGGGAAAUACAACCGACGACGCAAUCGUUGUCGAUUAG